AUUGUGGAUAUUCAAGCUCCUGCAAUUCAUCAUUUCAUUCAUCUGAUGUUAACAUUUAACAUUUACCGUAGACACACUCCUAUUUGAGUUAUCUUGGUAUUUUAGUAUUCUUUUAUCUUUUGCCCAUUAAAUAUCAUCAUAUCAUACAUAUCACAUCGCAUCACAUCACAUCACUCACUCACUCACUUCCAAGGUGUUCAAGUCCAUUCGCUCGGUACUGGAUACUAAUGAAGCCCGCCUUAUUCGCAGUGGCUCUUCAAUCUACCAAUACCACUAGCACUAGCACUACCACUGCCACUACCACCACCACCACCACAUCUACCCCAACUCUACAUUCAAAAUCACAAUCGGCCACUCUACAUUUACCACCACGAAAGACUUCUUCGACUCCUUCCACCUCUCCGGCUUCUUAUCGAAGAUCCCUAUCAACCAUCGAUCACAAUAAUGUCAUAAUGCGAGUUGUUUCGCAGAAAGAUUCUGCGCAGUUGACCGCCAAAAGUCCUAAUCCCAACAUGCCUUCAUACGAUAAGCCAAAUAACAAUCGACCAUUGGCACCAACUUUAAGUGCUUCUGCGAACAGAGGAACCAAACCCAAACCUCCAUUAACACCAAAGGUUUCCACGAGACCUACUUCAAGACAAUCACGUACCGAAAAUCUCACGCCAAAUAAUGCCAAAGAAGAUCUAUCGACUCCCGUUUCGACAUUUCUCAAUAGUAACAAUAUAACUGCAAGAUCUAGCACAAGAAAGACGCGAUUUGAUACUUCAAACCAUUCAUCAUCAGGAACCCCCACACCCUCCGAAGCUCCCCGAUUAUACGAUCCUUCACAUAAUGGCUCCGGACUGGGUAUCUCUGGUUUGGAGAAGGAUACAUCUAAACGAGCAUCAGUAACCUUCAGUCCCUCUAAUUCGGAUUUGAAUUAUUCACAAUCGUCACAAUCUUCCGUCGACUCCAAAUUCUUUUUUGCCAGUGAUGUAAAACCGCAAACUCAUAGUUCACAGCAAACAAAAUCCGCACCCACCAAAAGGGCGUCGACAUUGUUCCAUGCCAAUGGAGAUAAAGUUCCCAAGAAACCGUCACCUCGUUCUGGAGCAUCGACGGUAGGAUCAACUAUUGGAGACGAAAGAGGUCAUGCGAAAUUCUUUCAUGCCAAUGGCACUCCUGAAAUAGGAUUAUCACCUUCACCACACUUUGCGCCUCCUCGCCCAAGUUCGGUUCUCUCGACUCAUUCACGAGUUGCAUCACCUCGACUAGCAAAUGUUACGACAUCUCCUUCGCAACGACCUACAUCACCACAAAAAUCAAAUGCUCAAUAUGCCUCAAUUUCAUCAUUCAGGUCUCCAACCCCACUGGCUUCUCCUGUUUUGCCACGACCAAAAGCUGGUCCGCGUGGCCAAUCGGCGAAUAAUAUUCACAUCGCACAUUCAAGGAGAACAAGUGCGGAUGGAGGAUAUGGCCAUCAACGGACAACAAGUACAGGAUCAUCUGUGGAGAAAUUGGUAUCGACAAGGAAGGUUUCGUCAGGAGGUCAUUCUAUGGACAUACGAAAUUCAAUCACGAUAACGGAACCAUCAAGUCCGGCUUCGCUAGCACAUACGGAUGACAUUCUGGAAAGCGAGGAAAAGGAAGAUGAAGGGGAAGAAGAGGAAGUGGAAAGUGAAGACGAGGAUGAAGAUGAGGAUGAUGACGAGGACAGUGAGUCUAUUUCUUCCGGAGAGGAAGUAAAAGAAGAAGUCCUCAAAGCCGGGGGUUCGAUAGAGCGCAUGAACGAAUUAGCAGCGGUCGCACGAAAGGAAAGGAAGGUGUUAGAUCUGGAGAUUAGAAAUUCAUCCCUCGAGGCUAUAAAUCGAACUUUGGAACGAGAAAUGAGGAAACAGACAGCUGAACUACGAAGAUAUAAACGACUGAGUCGUUCAGGGCGUCUAUCCGUGGCUACAAGAGCAUCGUCACGUGCAACGAGUGGAGCUUUGUCGGCCGUAGAUGAGAAAGAUGGCAACGAUCUAUCAGAUAAUAGUCGGGAAAAUUCUGAUCUGGAAGACGACGAAGACGAAGAGGAAGAGGGCGUGAGUUCUGACGAAGAUUUCAUUGAUGAUGGAACAUUAAGUCCUGGGGCUGUCGCCGAGCACGAUCUCAAACAUCGAAAAAAAGAUGAAAAAAGGUUACGCCUUGAUUUAUCAAAACAUCAACAGCUACUCAUUGAUAGUCAAAAAAUGAAUGAAAGCCUUAAGAAAUGUUUAGGCUGGACCGAAGAACUCAUCAAUGAAGGAAAACGAGCAUUGGACUACCGAGUGAAAACCGGCGAUAUAGGAACCCUUGCACCUCGUGUCUUGGCACCGGAUGAAUUUGACGAUGAUGAUGUCGAAAUCGAUAACGAGGGGAUGUCAGCCAUUGGAGCGAGUCUCCUGAGAGAAGCAAGGAGAGCGGCCGCGGAACAACAUAUGGAGAAGGGAGAUCUUAAUAUACCAACAGAGACGGAUGAACAAUUGAAGGAUUUAACUCAAGAUAUCCAAUUCGCUCUGUUCGCUUCUUCAGGGGAACCGAGUGAAAUGCCGGUUCCAAAGACGAGAGAUGAAAGUACGGAGUCGGUACCGAUUGCUCCACCUACUAGUCCGUGGGUUUCGACAUUUACUUCGAGGUUGCAGGCACGAUCAUAAGGGUAAAAGAGUAGCGGGCAGAGAGGAAGAGAAGUUUUGUAGGAAUCGAAAGAUUAUAUCACCACUCAUAAAUUUGCAUCACAACGCAUAUUUCCUUUUAUUUGUUCUGGGUUGGGCAUGGGCAAUGAUUAUCAGAGGGUUUGGUGUUUUGGUGCUUUAGUAUAAAUGGGCAUUGCGGCGGCGCAUUUGCUUUCAUAACAAAUUGGGAUGGGAGCGAGGGAAGGAUUUGGGACGGAAUGGAAAUCCUAGCUACUUGUUGCUAUUACUCGACUUGUUUAUUCGUUUUGUUUUUUGUUGUUUUUUUUGACAUUUCCGUCCUUCUAAAUCGGUUCUCGUACAUACCCUUAGUAUUUUUUUGCAAAUACAAAUGAGAUACCCAAGAUUACUUUCGCUAAUGCGUUAAAGCGGAUAUAUGGAUGGAUAAGGGGGGUGGAUACGGUAUGGUGAUGGUAGAGGGAUGGGUCUGUGAGUUUGUGAGGGAGAGUGGAAGGGAUGGAGAGGGUUGGAAAGGACGGGUUGGAAAGGAAGGAUAGUGGGGAAGGAAAAGAUAGAAUAUUUAACAGUACGGUGGUACAUGUGUGUAUGUGUGUCUGUCUGUGUGUGUAGUAAAUUGAGAAUAGAAAUAGAGGUUGAAUGAAUGAAUGAAUGAAUAAAUAAAUGAAUGAAUCUUAGAG